AUGGCAACCAAACGGAUGAACGUACUUGUCUAUUCAGGUAAUGGAUGCACUCUAGAAGCUGUUCGACAUUGCGUCUACAGUCUUCGGCGCCUUCUCUCACCCAACUAUGCUGUCAUAUCUGUUGAUGGAAAUGCUAUUAUCAAGGAGCCCUGGACAGCUUCAUGUGCUCUGCUUGUCUUUCCUGGAGGUGCAGACCUAGGCUACUGUCGCACUCUAAAUGGAGAGGGCAACCGUAGGAUUAGCCAGUACGUCGAGAGAGGCGGCUCGUACAUGGGGUUUUGCGCUGGUGCCUACUACGGGAGCAAAAGAUGCGAAUUCGAAGAAGGCAACCAAAAACUCGAAGUCGUGGGGGACCGUGAACUUGCAUUCUAUCCAGGAACCUGUAGAGGACUUGCAUUUCCUGGCUUUGUCUACCACAGCGAAGAGGGCGCUAGAGCCGUUGAGCUCAAAGCAUCGAAGACUGGACUGACUAAAGGGUCUUUGCCAGAUGUUUUCAGAUCAUACUACAACGGAGGUGGUGUCUUCGUUGAUGCUCCAAAAUUCCUAGAAAAAGGCGUCGAGGUCCUAGCGAGCUACACCCAGGAACUGAAGGUUGAUCCGGGCGAAGGUACUGCGGCUGUAGUGUACUGUAAGGUCGGCGAUGGAGCUGCCGUACUUACAUCUCCUCAUCCAGAAUUUGCUGCCGUCAACCUGGAUCGCGAUUCGGACAUAGGUGGCUACGCUAAGAUCGUGGAGGAGUUGGCUGAACAUGACAAACAAAGGACGGAUUUCUUGAAAGCUUGUUUGCUGAAGCUUGGUCUGAAAGUCAGCCAGGAGACCACCUCGGUACCUUCCCUUUCCCGACUCCAUUUGUCUUCAGUGCUUCCAAAUGGGACUUCAGACAUAAUGGCUGGUUUGCAAGAGAUUGUGUCUAUCGUAGAUGACGAAGAGUACAUCAAAGAUGAGAAUGACACCUUCCAUUUGGAGAAGCCCUCUGCAUGGUCACUCGGCUCCCUAGCCAAGGCUCUGACUGGUGAAAAGAGUGAGAAGACUGACGAUGGUGAUGAUGACGAGGAUAGAAUUAUCGACUAUAACACCGUCGUCAAGCGUCUAGUCGUGCACGAAAAGGAGCCUCCACCAAGCAAGGAGACCCCAUACUUCAAUCACGAUGCCUUCUACGCAAACUUGAAACACUAUGAAAGCAAGACCCAAGAAGCCAAGGAUAGGUUUGGGAACAGUAUAUUAUAUGGGGAAGUGGUCACAAGCACCAACACCAUGCUUGAGAAAAACACUGAGAUACUUCGACGACUUCCAGCUGGCUUUACUGCGACCGCUACCGUCCAAGUGGCUGGACGAGGUCGUGGCUCCAACGUAUGGGUCUCGCCUGCUGGGUCACUCAUGUUCUCCACCGUCGUUCGCCAUCCAGUCUCUUUGACUUCCCACGCCCCAGUCGUCUUUCUGCAAUAUCUUGCGGCAUUGGCCAUAGUGGAGGGCAUCAAGGCGUAUGAUGUUGGCUACAAGGACAUGCAGGUCAAAUUGAAAUGGCCUAAUGACAUCUAUGCCAUUGAUCCCUUAUCCAAUAAUCUUGUCAAGAUAGGCGGGAUCUUGGUCAAUUCUCACUACGAUUCCUCCGAGUUUCUCUCAGUCAUAGGUAUCGGCCUCAACACCACUAACGCCGCCCCCACCACCUCACUCAACGCUCUCAAGCCUCCCUCGCCCUUCACGCUCGAGAAGCUCCUUGCCCGUAUCCUCACCACCUUCUCGGGGCUGUACAGCAAAUUUGUUCAAACCGGCUUCGACAAGUCUUUUGAGCAAAUGUACUACAAGCAUUGGCUGCACACAGAUCAGAUCGUGACGCUUGAGGCCGAAGGAGGUGUCAGAGCUCGGAUCAAGGGCAUAACGAGGGACUGGGGGUUGCUACUUGCGGAAGAAUUAGGCUGGGAGGAUCGAGCUACCGGGAAGAUAUGGACGUUGCAGAGUGACAGCAAUAGCUUUGACUUCUUCAAAGGGCUGGUAAAGCGUAAGGUUUAA